AUGACAGAGCCUGCAAAUCCAGAAAAGCUAUAAAAUUAAAGAACUAGAAUGAUUGGCAAUUAUUUGAUAGGUGAUGAUUUAUUGAUUCAGUUGGUUAGGAAAAACUCUUGGGUUUGGUACAUUUGGGAAAGUGAAGAUGGUAACUCAUGAAUAAUCAGGUGAGAAAGUUGCUAUUAAAAUAUUGGAGAAAGAUAGAAUAGUAGAGACAGCUGAUGUAGAGAGAGUUCAAAGAGAAAUUCAUAUUCUGAAAUUAGUUAGACAUCCGCAUAUUAUUUAAUUAUAUGAAGUAUUCAUGAUAUAUAUACAAAUAUUAGAUAAUUGAAACUCCAAAACAUAUAUUUUUAGUUAUGGAAAUGGUAAGUGGAGGUGAACUAUUUGAUUACAUAGUAAAAAAUACAAAGUAAUGAUUAUAUAAAUGAAUUAGGUUGGAAGAAGUAGAGGCUUGUAAAUUAUUUUAAGAACUUAUAGCAGGAAUUGAAUAUUUACAUAAGAUUAGAGUUGUACAUAGAGAUUUGAAACCAGAAAAUUUAUUACUUGAUAAAAAUAAGAAUCUUAAAAUUGUUGAUUUUGGAUUAUCAAAUACAUAUAAGAAUGAAGAAUUAUUAAAGACUGCAUGUGGUAGUCCAUGUUAUGCUGCUCCUGAAGUAUAUUAUUAUAAUAUAUAUGAAUAGAUGAUAGCUGGUCAGAAAUAUUAAGGAUUAAAAGUGGAUCUAUGGAGUUCAGGAGUAAUAUUAUUCGCUUGUUUAUGUGGUUAUCUACCUUUCGAAGAUCAAAACACAUCUGCAUUAUAUAAGAAGAUUUUAAGUGGUACAUAUUAAAUGCCAUCUCAUUUAUCAAGAGAUGCUUAAUCUAUGAUCUCUGGGAUUCUAACAGUGGAUCCAGAAAAAAGAUUUACUAUUGAAGAUAUACGUAAUCAUCCAUGGUUUAAGUUAUAUCGAAGAUCAUAUGAAAUUCCACCUGGAAUAGUUGUAGGAUACAAUUAAAUCCCAAUUGAUUAAGAUAUUCUAAAAUAAUUAAAAUCUUUUGGAAUUGAUAUUGAUUAUGCUUAGAGAUGUUUAGAUGCAAAUAAACAUAAUGAUGUUACUACAUUCUAUCAUUUAUUAUUAAAAAGACAUUUAGUAAAUGGAGGUAGAUCUACUGCAGAUCUUAACUCUGAAUCUUUUGACAUUAAAUUACUUGAACCAAAGUAGAGACUUAAUAAAGGUAUAUCUUUAUUUUAUGUAAAGCACCAAUCAAUUCAUUAUUGAAUAAUGAGAUACUUAAAUAGUAGAUGAGAGAGGAAAUAAUAAAUUAAAGAUCAUAUUCAACUGAUAAUAAUAGAGGAAGGAUAAUUAAAACUAAUGAAUAAAAUCAUAAAAUAUUAGCUGAUAAUGAUUAAAGUGUAAAUCGUAUAGGUAAAAAUGGAUAAGCAACAAGUGUAUAAGCUAGAUAAAAAGAUGAAAAUUAUUUUGAAUAAUCUCCCCCUAUUAUAAAAAAGAGUAAUAAGUUACCACAUUCAAAUAUUCAAUAUAAUAUUUAUGGAUCCAAAAAUAAAAAUUCUAAUAUUGUUUCUACUGACCAUAGAAAUAGGGAUGAAGGUAAGAAAGGAAGUUCAAGAAAUAAAAAAGAUUUAGAUCUCACUAAUCCUUAUAGAAGUUAUAAUAGGGAAGUUCAAUAAAUCAAUAAAAUUGUAUAAAGUGGUAGUAGAUCAUAGAAUCAUAAGAAAGAUAGAGCUUAUGUUACUAAUUAGAAUAAUCAAUCAUUUGAUGCUCUAUAAAAUUCAAAUUAAAUAGCAAAAUAAAAAGUUUAUCAUAUUGGAUUUUAUGAAUGA